GAAAUAUGCCAUGGCCGAAUGCAACAUAGCAGUGCGGCAGUUCAGUCAAGCCCUAACCCUGCUAGAAUCCAUUCCACAACGUCAUCGCACGCCAAAAGUCAACAUGGGGCUUGGACGACUUUAUCAACAAGCAGGCAUGGAGAGGCCCGCAAUUACAGCAUAUAAGGAAGUCCUAAAGGAGGGUGAAGUGGAGGAAAGUGAUCUAGAGGCUGUUUGGUCAGAUGUGGACUUCUCCUUCAGUGGGCAGUGACAAGGCAUUCGUUCCGGGUACCCCAGUGUGACCAACAUCAUGACAUUGCUAAUUGUGACUCAAACUUAAUCACAGAUUUGUUAAUGUCCACAUUCUGUACAGCAUGAAUAUCCUAGUAAAAUAUUACACUAGGAAGGAUAUAUUCUUUAUGUGAUGCUGAUUUUUAAUCAAAUUUGGAUGCUAUAAUGUAUUUAUAUGUAAUAUUGCAUGCAGGGGAAUACUAAUAAUUUAUACUGGAAUGUUGCAGGCCUCUGAUAUUUUGUGUUUUGAGUGGUACAGGCCUUUAAAUCUUUGUAAUGGAUACAGGCUUCAUUUUUAGAAACAGAAAGAAUAUUGAAGGAGGGCUGCACCCCCUCUUGCUACACCCCUGAUUGUACAAUAUGGUUUAAAUUAGAUAUUUGUUACUUAAGAUGUUACGAGGGUAGUCUGUUGUGUAUAAUGUAGUUGGAUGUACAAGUAUGAACGGAAGUGCUCAUUACUACAUAAUAGUUUGUCGUUUUAAUUAACGUAAUUUGAUUAGUGAAGGACAAAUGCUGCCAUAUGAUAUUAAGGCUGGUAGUUGACUUCCACUUAUCUAGUCACUGUAUACACACAAGGUCUUCAGAAAUACCACAUAAAUGUAAACAGCUUCAUGUGAUGAUAUACCGUAUCUAUUAAAUAAUGAAAUGUUCAUAUUUCAAAUGUGACCGUAAAUCACAUUUCAUGGUGUUGUGGCUUCUAAUAACGAAUAAGGAGUGGUAAAUCCGAGAACCAGAUUUUGUUUGUGUAUGUUUAAGUAUUUCUAUCAACUGUACACACACUUGGCAAGCAAAGGAAUUUCUUUCUGUAUUGAUACUAAUGUUAUUCAUUUAAUGGCAGUAACUUUAUAGUAUCAUUUUUUCGCACCACAUAAAGAUGUAUUUUGGGAAAUUAUAGGUCUUAUAAUUUAUUUUUGGUAUCAAUGUUUUUUAUUAUCUAAAUCUUAUGAGUAUAUAGUUUAUGACUAUAUAUGUUUAUAGGCAAAUAAACCUUUGUUGCAGUAAAUAAGUAUAUGUUGGUGAUAUUUAUGAAAGGCCAUUUCCUUUUUCUCUCUUUAAAAUAUAUAUGUAUAUAUGGUUUCAAGCAUCAUCUCAGAAAGUCAUAUUUUACAAGCAUAGAAGUGACCAAGAAACCCAAUUAUUAAGUUUAUUAUUUAUAGGCUGUUUAGAAAAUGCUGUUUACAUGUCUUUAUGUUGAUAAUACUACCACCAAUGUACAGUGAGUUGUUAAUGAAUUACAUUAUUGACCUAACUUUAACUUGAUUUAGAUUUGUGCUCUCACUGAUGAAAAAGAAAAGCUAUCAUUUUAUGCAUUACUGUUAGUGUACUUUUUUCUUCUUUCUGUUCUAUUGUGUUAUUAUUAUUGCUCUUAUUGUUAUUUUUGUUAUUGUUAUUAUUAAUCUUGUGUUAUUAUUAUUAUUGAUAUUAUUAGUGUUAUUAAUAUUUUUA